ACUUUUUGAGACCCUAAUUGGUGGUCUCGGAGCGGGUCUCAGGGACUCCCGCCUCCUGAAUAACUCUCAUCACGUCACUCGACCCGAGAGGGGUAAGGAGGGUGAACUAAAGGGCUCCCCGAACUUUUUUUCUCUCCAAGCUAGGCCCUAGGGGGCUCGGUGUUGAUUGGCCAGGGCUCAUCACGGCGAGCCUGUCAAUCACGGGGCCUCCGGGUGGUGAGGGGCGGACCGAGCCCCAACCCUCCCGGAUCUGAGCAGGUAUAUAAAGAGGCCGGGCGGACCUCUCCCGCAGGCUGCGAAUGCGACCAGCUCGAGAGAACGCAUCAGGUGAGAGAAGCCCGCGCGUUCCCGCCGACUUCGCGCGGAGCACUUCCGCAAGCCUGCCCUUCCCGCCCGAGCCGCCGGCCCCCCGGCCCCCAAGCGCCACUCCCACGGAGUCCCCUGGCCUUUUCACCGUGGCCGCUCCAGCCCCGGGAGCGCCUUCUCCUCCCGCCACGCUGGCGCACCUUCUUCCCGCCCCGGCAAUGUACAGCCUGCUGGAGACUGAACUCAAGAACCCCGUAGGGCCACCCACCCCGGCAGCGGGCAGCGGCGGCCCCGCAGCCCCGGGCGGUGCAGGCAAGAGUAGCGCGAACCCAGCCAGCGGCGCGAACGCAGGCAGCGGUGGCGCGAACAGCGGCGGCGGCGGCGGCGGGGGCAGCGACCAGGAUCGGGUAAAGCGGCCCAUGAACGCUUUCAUGGUCUGGUCCCGCGGGCAGCGGCGCAAGAUGGCCCUGGAGAACCCCAAGAUGCACAACUCCGAAAUCAGCAAGCGCUUGGGCGCCGACUGGAAACUGCUGACCGACGCCGAGAAGCGACCGUUCAUCGACGAGGCCAAGCGGCUGCGCGCCGUGCACAUGAAGGAGUACCCGGACUACAAGUACCGGCCGCGCCGCAAGACCAAGACGCUGCUCAAGAAGGACAAGUACUCGCUGCCCGGCGGCCUCCUGCCCCCGGGCGCCGCCGCCGCCGCGGCCGCCGCCGCCGCCGCCGCGGCCGCCAGCAGCCCGGUGGGCGUGGGCCAGCGCCUGGACACGUACACGCACGUGAACGGCUGGGCCAACGGCGCCUACUCGCUGGUGCAGGAGCAGCUGGGCUACGCGCAGCCCCCGAGCAUGAGCAGCCCGCCGCCGCCGCCCGCGCUCCCGCAGAUGCACCGCUACGACAUGGCUGGCCUGCAGUACAGCCCCAUGAUGCCACCCGGCGCCCAGAGCUACAUGAACGCCGCGGCCGCCGCCGCCGCCGCCUCGGGCUACGGGGGCAUGGCGCCCUCGGCCGCCGCCGCCGCGGCCGCCGCCUACGGGCAACAGCCCGCCACCGCCGCCGCCGCGGCCGCUGCGGCUGCCGCCAUGAGCCUGGGCCCCAUGGGCUCCGUGGUCAAAUCGGAGCCCAGCUCUCCGCCGCCCGCCAUCGCUUCGCACUCGCAGCGCGCGUGCCUUGGCGACCUGCGCGACAUGAUCAGCAUGUACCUGCCACCUGGCGGGGAUGCGGCUGACGCCGCCUCUCCGCUCCCGGGCGGUCGACUGCAUGGCGUGCACCAGCACUACCAGGGCGCCGGGACUGCAGUCAAUGGAACGGUGCCGCUGACCCACAUCUGAGCUCCCGCCUGCGCUCCCAGCUCUUCGCCCCCACCCCGCCCCACACCCCCACGUUGGGACGCCUUGUUGUUUAGCUUUGCUUGCCUGGGACUGUUGCCUUGUACCGAAGAUGAGGAGAACCGAAAGUUUUGCUGUAGCUGUCGGGUUUUGUACAAAAGCAAAAAGAAGUCAGGAGCGGCGGAAAUGGGACUUUCUAGAGCCACCGGCUUCUGACCGCUGCCCCUCCCUCCCCCUCUGUAGGCUGGGAAAUCGCUAAGAUGCUUGCGAAGAAAAUGCAGCCCCUUUCUCCUCUUCCCGGGUUCCUAGGUUCUUCUGUUGCAUUUGAAAAUGUUGUCUUGUUAGUUUGCUAUUAAUCGAGGAGUGAGUGAGGUUGACCCAAAAACUGCAAUGCCUCCACCCCCGGUCGUAUUGCUUCUGUUUCCCUCUGUUUUUUUUUUGGGGGGGGGGGCUGGCCGUGCUAACUGUCGCGACAGCUAAAGCCAAUGUUAAUUUAUAGCCAGGUGUGCGUGUGUUUCCCGCCUCGCCGCCCCUGGCCGCGGGACAGCUUCUGUCCAGUGCGCAUUUAGGCUGAGUAUGUGAUUUCUUGCAGUGAUCUGUUUGCUAUUUCGUCAUGCUAAUGUGUUCUUUCGUUUGGGUGGUGGGGAGGGGGUUAUUUUGUUCCAGGUUUUUUUCAAGAUUUUACUCUUAAUUCCUAAAUGAGAGAUCAAUAAAUUUUAUAACCAA